UACUCACAGUAAAGAUCACCAGGAAUGAAAUAACAAUUUCCCAGUAAAUAAAAUUCAAACACAACAUAACAUAACAUAACAUUACAUCUUCAGUAAUUGGUGUAGCUUUAACCCAGCUGCAAUGCUCCAAUGCUCCUAAUAUAUUUUAGCCUGUUGACUUCAAGUCUACCCCAUUUCGUAUUGACAGGAGUUAUCAGCUGCACAGUACAGUGUAUUCAAUUAGCCUUUCUCACUAAAUCUGCCAUUUUGGGGUACUUUUUAUAAACAACUAUGAAAAAUCUAAGCGAUGUGAAAAUAAUUUUUCAAAUAUUGAACUGUAAAUGGAUUUAUAAUGAUUAUACUUACAACUAUACAGUAGUUAUAGAAAGUUUCAUUUUCACUGUUUACUAUCCCUGUUCUAAAAAAGGUUGCCACCCAAAAAUGGCAGCGUGAGAAAGGCUAAUUAGGUUAGGAUAGAAAUAAAUGUUUAAUCAAACAAUUACCAGUAAGUCACAAAAAUAUGAAUCACAUGUCUUUCUACCAUUAGGUACAUUUGUUGUAACAUUUAUCAGUUCCCAGUUGCUCUUUUAAGCUUGGUUCACAUAUGCCUGCGGCAUGCCUGCGACUGUAUCAUCAUGCCUCUACUUGCCGCCGAAAUACUGGCAAAGUUGAACUCAAGUCAACUUUCCCGGCCUACUGCCAAUGUAACUGUGGCACUGGAGGCAAUCAGUGAACAAAUAUUCACAUAAUUCACAUUUUAAGCUACCACCGGCAUUGUCACCGGUACGUCACAGGCACAUAUGUGAACCAGGCUUAAGUCUUUUCAUCACAUAAAUGAAAUAGUAAGUGCUGUAUGUAGUUCUAAAACCACUAUCAGACUUUAUCAGAAACCAAUUCCUGCACCCACUAUUUUGAUGAUAAUAAACAUCCCAUGUAAUUGUAGGGGUUACAGUGCCAGCCACAGUGGAGAUAUAAUUUAGCAAUAGUGGCUGACAAACCAACAUGAUAUUUUACCAACUGAUUUAAAUAUAUAUUAGAGAUUUCUAGAACUGGCCUAGCCCCAAACAUAUAGACAGCAAAAUCAGUUUUAAAAAUGUGAUGUUGAACAUUAUUUUGUAAAUGUUACAAUACCAGAUACAUAUAGUAUUAAUACAUCAUACUGGUAUCAGUGUCAGACAUUGAUUUAAUAUUUAUCAGUGCCUGAAAGUCCUCCACAGUACUAUUAACACAAAAGUGACAAUUGACUUCAUUACCCAUGUCUAUCAAAACAUUAUUUAAAUGUCAGAUUGUAAAGAGUGAAACAAAAUGGCUUUUAAAACCUUUAUUGCCACAAUAGCUGUGCUCUGACUUCACGCGUGUGUUGGCAAUUUGCCAAAUAGUGAAAUUGGCAAGUUUGCCACUGCAUCUGUCAAUGGUUUCAAUAAAGGAACAAACACACACAUAUUCAAAAUGGUCACAAAAUAGUCCUAAAACUGGAUAAUUACACAUAUAAUGAUGUAUGGUAAAUAUCGAGGCAAACAUUCGGGUUAACAAACUUACAAGAAUUCAAAUAUAAAAUCCUCUUGUUUUUCUACGACAAACGUCUUUGAAGCAGCAUGAAAUAAUUUGAGAGCAUCCUUUACUGAUCUAUCCGAGGCCGGAGGGAGAAGAAUGACACUGGCAGAAUGGCAUAUAAAUGCUGGUCAAAUAUAGUAGUAUCAGGCCGGACAACGCAGUGUACGAUCUGUAUUGUUUUUAGUAUUGCUCAUGGAGGUUUUCAGUAGUUAACACACUGAAUAUGAAAUAUGAGCGCCUUGUAGCGGUCAAACAGAUGGUGUUUGAUACUUGAGUCAACGCACAUUUAUCAUGAAACUGUUUUGAAUCCAUUGAAAUAGUCACGCUCGAUCGUACCUUGUGCUUAUAUUCUUAGACUUAGUACAUUCUGUGUGACUAAUUAUAACUUAAAGUUGAGGUUUCAAAAAUUUAACAUAUUGGCUUUUGGUCACGUCUGUGUUGUUUAAGAUCGCCUUUUCCUGCAUAAUUGAAUAGAAGUGAAACAAGUAUACGAUAUUACUUAAUUAACGAGACAUGUAUAUCCUGUUCACAGCUUUGUCAAAGCAAUACGAAAAUGCUAUAAUGUAUUCGAUAAAUGCAUCCCCAUAUUAGCAAUACUAAAAAAAUCACGCACCGCCACCAGAGCUUUACGAAAUCAAUGACAGGUCAUAUAAACACACAUUAUGCGAUCUAUGUAGCAAAUGAUCAAUAACUGAAGAAUGAAAAUAACAAAAUGUUAGAAUUUGGCCACAGUCGUUUAGCAGGAAAAAUUCACUAUCUAUUGAGUAUUGUUUGCCCAUUGCGGAAAUUGAGGAAUGAGUUACUUUCUGCUGCGUAUGCCAAACAUUUUCAGCUGAGAUCAAAAGUCGGCAAGAGAGCAUAAAUUGAGCAUAUUUUUGAUGAUUGAUUUAAUAGAUCAUACAAUGAUUAUAAAGAUUUAAACGUAAACGGCAAAUUCUUAGCGCACAACUGGUGUUUCUCUUCGAUUUAGAAGGUACAGUAAAAUCACGUUGCUUAUUGACUAUUAUAUAUAUAUUAACUAUGAUUUGUUGCAUUUUGAUUUCUGGCAAUUUUCUCAGUGUGAAGACUUAGACUAAGGAUGACAAAUUAGUCGGAUUAUUGGCAACGCCAUUAUUAUACAGCAUAGCCUUGCAUAGCCUAAAUAGCUCAUAAGUAUAUAUUAACACGCUAUACCGAAGACAAAUUUGUCCUUAGACGGGCAUAGCUUCCAUACUGUAACCUAUACUCAUUUGAAAGAAAGCUUUGAAUACAUUUUGCCAUGUUCAGUGAUCGCAAUAACAAAACAGACAUCAUGCGGUAUGAGCAAGCGAUCAUAAAAUACCAAAGCACUGCUUUGGGAAUUCAAUGCCUCCUUUCAAUCUAGUUCUAAACAAUACACAAAUGUAUGAUACCAGUCUACUUACCAGCUCGUAACCCGACGUUUUCGCCUCCGAAACGGCCAAUGUUUUCAACAGAAGUACCCUACCCAACCGAGAUAAAAUGUUCUUUUGACUUGGGUUAUGUGUUGUCAGACAUUCUUGAACUGUUUUGGUUCGAUCAGCCAAUCAGCGUUUGCUAUGAAAGAUAAUAUCCGGAGGGCAGCCAAUCAUAACUGUUUAUUACAAAGGCGCAUCCAGCCGAUUGUGCCUUGAUAAUACGAAGUUUAGAUAAAGCUUGACAGACCUUGACAAGUAGCCAGAGAUUCCUUCUUGCUUUAUACGCCACAGGUUUAUAUCUGCGUUUUUCCGGUGUGGUUAUUUAAAAUCGCAAUACGCAGUUAUCCUAAUCAUAUGCCGUGAAGUUAGGUUUUCAGAAAGAAAAAAAUAACAUCAUUUCCCAUGUGUCAAGUAUUUCAUAAAUGUGACAGUUGGAAGAUGUCAUGAUACAACAAGAUAGAUCGCGAUAUACAACAUCAACAAAACAACAACACCAAGCUUCGUACAUAUUUUACGAACAUAAAUGAUAUAUGUUCUAUCUUUAUUUCACUUAAGCAAUUUACAUGAAAUGCCAAUAUAUAAUUUAAUCGAUUAAUUUUGUAAAUGUAUUUUAAUUUUUAGGCUUUUAGCACACCACAAUAAUUACGCCGACAUUUUGCGGGUUAUUUUAGGCUCUUCAACACUGUUGCCAGGAGUUGCUGUGCAAGGGCCAAAGAUAGACGAAGUCAACAGGGGUUUAUCCAAACUGAAUUAAAUGCAUUAUAUAAAAAUUUGGAAAUGUCUUUCAUGCAACCACGGUCCAUGGCUAAGUUGAUUUAGAAAAAUCAGCCAGUGUUAACAGUUGGAGACUUCGAGUUCCCCUACAGUUUCUGCAGUUUUCAGGUUUUUUGCCUCAUAACUAAUUAAUAACUAUGGGGCUCUUCGGAUGACUGGCCCGGUUGCCUCAAGAUGCCAAGAUCCCCGGCAUAGAUCAUUUGCAGAUGAUUACUGUGGAAAUGUGUUAUAUGGCUUGCUUUAUUGGAUGUAUUCAGCCUAGAAACCAAUAAACCAUCCAAAAAAGUCUAAACAAGUAGAAUAAGGACUAAGGCCAGUUCCAUUAACAACUUUUGACCGUAAUAUUUUGUGACAAGGGAAAAAAAGUGGUCUCUCUUCAAACGUGCCUAUACUGGAAAACUUAAACCAUAUGACAUAUCUUUAUCGACUAUGACAUUUACCGAAAGACGUCGGACGGUCGGAGGUCGAUAACACAAACUGAUAAUUCUGAAUCACAGUUAUGGGAAAACUGAAUUCACUAAUGGACCAGGGUAAAGAAUAAAGAUAUCGGCACUAGUGAUGGGCGAUACAGAGUACUCGGUAUUCGAUACCAGCGAUACCACAAACAGCGGUAUCGGUAUCGAUUACUGAGGAUAUAGAUUCAUGUCUCGCUAAUAGGGUUAGCGGUUAGGGUUAGGGUGGGGAUUAGGGUUAGCAUUAUAAAUAGCGAGACAUGAUAAUGAACCACUAAAAUAACUCUUAAUAUUCCAAAUUCGGUGCGCCAAGUCAGGUAUAGAAAAUAUUUAUUACGUUUAGGGCUUUUGGUUUACUUAUAGCUUUAUUUAGGUUACAUAAAGGUUACAUACAGUAAUGCAAAAUGUUUUUCCGCUCAUCGAAAGUAGCCGAUACUAGCAAUUUAAGUACUUACUUUCGGUAUCGAAAAUUGAAAUUUUGUGUUUAUUUUAGUAUCGAAAUAGGUAUCGGUAUCGGCCGAUACCGAUCUUAAAAGUAUCGGUAUCGGUAUCGAAUUAAAAAUCCUGGUAUCGCCCAUCACUAAUCGGCACCCAUGGGUUUAAUUCGUUGAAAUAAUGAUCACUCUUUUUAAUUAAUUAAUUUCAUUUGCAUUCCCUUUUUUCUUUCAUAAGGACGUUAAUUAAGAUGUUUCAGAACCUUUGUGGCUGUUUCCGUUGAUAUUUCUUCUUUAUCAUUUCAAAAUUCGGUUGCCUUUGUCACAGCAUGACGUCAUAGCGUUUAAUAUUAUUUUUUUUAGUUUUCGUUCCAUGUUUCGCGCACCAAUAUAGGUUAGGGUUACCAUUUUUUUUAUAUCAACGUUAUGACGUCACUCGUUUAAUUUAUUGAGUUGAUAUGACGAUUUCACAGUUGGCUGUUAGCCAAUCAGAAAUUAUUUUAUAUUAAUAAUAAGUUAUUAUUAAAUUGACACGGUUCAUUGAAUAUUAGAUUGACACGUACUUACGGUUCAUUCGUCGGAAAGACAAUAUCUACGGAGAUAUGCCUCUUGAAUAUUAACCCCCUCUUCUGCUGAAGAGGCUGACGAUACACUUUUUAAAAUUAAAAAACAAAUUCAGCUCUACUGAACAUACAUAAAUGUACAUUCCAUUCAGAUCCUUAAUAAAGCAAGUGAAAAAAACAUGAAAUAAAGAGAGUGAAAGGGUAUUUUCGUGUGCUGCGAAUGUGAUUUGCCGGUUAUCGUGAAAUAUACGAAAUGACGGAAUUUAGUGUCGUGGACAUAACAUGCAUAGCCGGUAAGCCGUGAUUGCAUGUAUAUACUUUUUUAUUUUUUACUAGAUAUUUCCGGUUGGUUUUAAAAAGAUCUUUUAAUGCUGGUGAAAUUCAUAGUUUUCGACGUAAAAUUAAGCUAACGGAUUAAGAAAGGUAUUACCACAGACUGAGUAGAGACAUACAGAGCUGUAACUGACCGUCGUAAACACUGCGGAAGCUUACGUUUUCAUGUACCCACUUUUUUUCAGGCGACCGGGCAAAAAAUGAUCAACUGCGCGUGCUCAGCAAGUUUAAAGUGAGUCGUCGUCAGGUCGUCAUCCAAUCAGAUGCAUGCAUGUAACUUGCCGAACAUGCGCACAAAAAAAGUGGGUACACUAGUUACAACUCUGUAUGUCUCUCCUCUGUGGUAUUACUAAAUACUCAAGAUAGAAACAGCUGACUAAUUUAAUUAAGCCCCGUUUACACAACGCUCAAUUUUUGGUACCGUACCACUCUUUGGUUCUUGGACUACCUAAAUAGAUAGUCCAAGAACCAAAAAAGUGGUACGGGUACCAAUUUUAUCCGUCGGCCGCACCAAAAAUUGAGCGUAGCUGGUAAACGGGGCUUUAAACUGUUAAAACGUGUACUUAAUUUUCGUGAAAUGCGGUUAAUUUUUUACGUGUAAAACAUGACAUGGCUGUUGAAACCACUGAAACGUGAUCCAACUGACCACCAAAGCCCCAUCCCUCUACCACCCUCAAUAAAGAAUGGAUUUUCAAAUUUACGCACUAUAGUUUAAUUAACUGAAAUUUACCCAUCGCACAACGGUGAAUGUAAAAGGCGGAAUGGCAUGCGGAAUGGCCUGCGGAAUGGAUUGCGGAAUGGCAUGCGGAAUGGCCUGCGGAAUGGCCUGCGGAAUGGGUUGCGGAACGAAAAAUGAUGUACAUUUCGCAACAUUUUUUACCGGUGAUGCAAAACAUCCAGAUAACUUGAUACCAGUGGCGUAGCCAGCUCGAUAAUUAGGGGGGGGGGGACAUAUUCAUAUAUUCGUGUUCUGCAUUAUUAAUUUAUUUUGAAAUUGAUAAUUCAUAUUCUGCUGUGUUGUGCUGUGCUGUGUUGUGUUGUGUUGGCUAAGAUUGGUACCUUAAUAUCCAAUUGCCAUGGUGAUAAAGCACUCUGAAGGCGCUAUCAGGGGGGAUGCGGGUGGGGGGAUGCAACCCUCCCAACAUUCUCGUACCCCGAGACUCUGGCCAAAUCCAUAUCAAACUGGCAUCUGAUUGGCUACAACGAAGGUUAUUGUUCUAAUACCGGAUAUAUUCUUUUACCAUUUUUUUAUGGUAUCCGUUUUUGCAGUUGGCCAGAGCCCCUCGUCGCACCACGCGUAAGAAGGGCUCUGGGUACGGGAAUGCCCUCCCAAUAAUUCGCUAAUAAUCAUUCUUUUUUCAAAAUCAUGCAGACCUUUAUCAUUUAAAUAAUAUACCUUUAAAAUACUGACAAUGGACCAUUUGCAUUUUAGACUAAAUUUUGAUCUAGACAAAAAUUUCAUCACAGCUUGAAAGAGCAUCGCAAAAUUAGUAAUAUUCCGUUUAAAUAGCGCAUGUGCUUUAUCUGUAUCUUUAUCUUUAUCUUGGUAUCGCUGAAUGCCAUGCACUAAACGUGUUUUAGUGUCAUUGCCCUUUUAGUUUUGCUUUUCCAGCAAUUCAAACAGUCAUACUUUUUUGCCCCACCUGAUAGUAGCUAAGGCUUUAUUGUAGAACGUUGGCCUUUAUUGUAGAACGUUGGCCUUUAUUGUAAAACUUGUAUACCUCCACUGGACCCUGUUGCCUGAGUUUUUCCGAAAAUUAUGGAUUUUAUAGCGUUCGAAAAAUACACCCUUUCGAUAAUUACGUGUUUGGCCUGGAAGCUUCGACUCUCGAAUCGUCUGCAAAUCACCUUGCGUUUUUUCAAAAAAGUAUUUAUCGCGAU